CUGUGUCCCCAUCCGUAGACAAAGUCCUUUGGGGACCAUGAAGAUUCUUCUCCACUGCCGGACGUUUCGACUCACCUGGCUGGCCAAGCUCUCUGGCCGCCACUUUCAUGGCGAUCACCAGAUUCGGGCGCCUCUGACUACUGCUGACUUUGAAGCCAUAAAUCUCUGUGACAAGUCGGUGCCUAAGAACUUUAACUUUGCUGGGGAUGUGCUGGACCAGUGGUCUCUAAAGGAGAAGACAGGGGAGAGACCAGCCAAUCCAGCCCUGUGGUGGGUGAAUGGCCAAGGGGACGAGGUGAAAUGGAGCUUUAGAGAACUGGGCUCCUUGUCCCGAAAGGCAGCCAAUGUGCUCACCAAGCCCUGUGGCCUGCAGAGAGGAGACCGAGUGGCCGUGAUCCUGCCCCGGAUCCCUGAAUGGUGGCUCAUCAAUGUGGCUUGCAUGCGAACAGGGCUUGUCUUCAUGCCAGGAACUACCCAGCUGACAGCAAGAGACAUCCUCUACCGGCUGCAAGUAUCCGAGGCCAAGGGCAUUGUGGUCAGUAAGGAGGUGGCCCCCGCAGUAGAAUCCAUCAUGUCAGAGUGUCCUCACCUGAAGACCAAACUCCUGGUGUCUCCACACAGCCGGGAAGGGUGGCUCAGCUUCCACCAGUUAUUCCAAUCUGCCUCUGAAGAGCACAGCUGUGUGGAGACAGGAAGUCAAGAACCAAUGGCCAUUUAUUUCACCAGUGGUACCACGGGCUCUCCGAAGAUGGCUCAGCACUCUCACAGUAGCAUUGGCAUUGGGUACGCCCUCUGUGGAAGAUACUGGCUGGACUUGAAGUCCUCCGAUGUCAUAUGGAACAUGUCAGACACAGGCUGGAUCAAGGCCGCCAUUGGUAGUGUGUUUUCUUCCUGGCUUUGGGGCGCCUGCGUCUUUGUGCAUCGGAUGGCCUCGUUUGACACCGACGCCUUCCUGGAUACGCUUGUCAGUUACCCCAUUACGACCAUGUGCAGUGCCCCCACGGUGUACCGGAUGCUUGUGCAGAAAGACCUCAAGAGGUACAAAUUCAAGAAGCUUCGGCACUGUGUGACGGGAGGGGAACCGCUCAACCCGGAGGUGUUGGAACAGUGGAAGGCGCAAACUGGGCUGCAGCUGUACGAGGGCUACGGACAGACAGAAGUGGGAAUAAUUUGUGCCAACGUGAAAGGACAAGAAAUCAAACCAGGCUCCAUGGGGAGAGGCGUCUUGCCCUACGAUGUCCAGAUUAUAGACGAAAACGGCAAUGUCCUACCACCUGGCAAAGAGGGGGAAAUUGCUCUCAGACUGAAGUCCACACGGCCCUUCUGCUUCUUCUCUGAAUAUGUGAACAACCCAGAGAAAACUGCUGCCACCCUAAGAGGAAAUUUUUAUGUCACCGGAGACAGAGGCGUGAAGGACGGCGAUGGGUACUUUUGGUUUGUGGGCAGAGCUGAUGAUGUCAUCAUAUCCUCUGGGUACCGCAUUGGGCCCUUCGAAGUGGAGAGCGCACUCAUAGAGCACCCUGCGGUCGUGGAGUCGGCCGUGGUCAGCAGUCCAGAUCCAAUCCGGGGAGAGGUGGUGAAAGCUUUUGUUGUGUUAUCUGCACCUUUCAAAUCCUCCAACCCUGAGAAAUUAACUCUGGAGCUUCAGGAUCAUGUGAAAAAAUCAACUGCACCUUACAAAUAUCCAAGAAAGGUGGAAUUUGUUCAAGAACUCCCAAAGACAAUCACUGGAAAAAUCAAGCGCAACGUUUUAAGAGACCAAGAAUGGGGACGAAGGUAGCUUGACAAGAAAACUGAAGGAUUUAAGGCUAACUUGAAGCUCUCUUUUAGUACUUCCUGAUAAAUUCUGAUUACUUUCUUAAAAUGUAUAAGAUUUUUCCUGGUUGAAAACUCAACUGAAUUUUUGUUUUGCACUUAGCCAAAAAAUAAAGCAGCAAAUAAAUAUCUAAACAUAUUUGAGAAGAAUAUUGUU